AUGGAGGUGGAGAAGGAGAAGGAGAUGGAGGUGGAGAAGGAAAAGGAGAAGGAGAAGGAGGUAGAGAAGGAGGUGGAGAAGGAGAAGGAGGUGGAGGUGGAGGUGGAGGUAGAGGAGAACAAAGAGGUGGAGGUGGAAGCUGAGAAGAAUGACAAGGAAGAAGAUUUGCCCCAUGUUCCAAAGGAGAAGAAAGAGGAGGUGGAAAAAGAGAUUGUGAAGGGGAAGAAGUCGAAACAAUUGGGGGAAUACACCGACCCUGGUGGGAAAGGGUUUAAACUAAAUGAUUCGGUUAAGGUUAAUCCUUUGUUACGAAUUGACGAGGAAAAGAUGAAGGAGUUGAAGAAAUGGUUAAAGAGUGAUGCAAAGGAUUUCAAGGAGUUGACGAGUUGCUCUGCAAAUCGUUCUUUAUUCAACAGACUGCUCAGGCCUCAACAAUGGUUACACAAUACGGAGAUAGAUGAAAUAUGUCAUCUACUGAAACGAAGGGUUGAGGAGUUCUCUAAGACAUAUCCAAGAAAUUUCUCAAUUGCUGACUCCAAAUUCUCUCAGAAGAUGAAUAAUCGCUAUGAUAUGUUUACCCAGAAUCCUGCAGGCUACGAAUUUGACGAUCUCAUGGAAUACGUAGUUGGUGAAGGAAGUAAUCCUUGGAAUAUUGUUGAUAUGAUAUAUGUACCCUUGAACCUAAAUCAGAAACACUGGAUCCUGUGCAAGAUUCAUCUACAAGAUUGGUGCAUAUAUGUAUAUGACUGCGAACAGAAUAUGUUCCCAAAGGAUGAAUAUGACAACUUCUUGAAUCCAAUGUGUGUAAUGGUGCCGUACUUGCUUGAACAGGGGUUUACCACGGGCGAUAAACAAAAGUUUCCACAGAUCAAAUUGGAUGCGAUGCCAUAUUCCAUAAUACCACACCUAAUAGUCCCAAAGACAACCAAAAGUGGGGACUGUGGGGUUUUUACUAUUAUGCAUUUGGAAUACCUUACUGCCUCAUUGGAUAUAUCAAAUGUGGUCACUGAAAAUAUGAAUUUUUGGAGAAACAAAUGGGCAGUAAGGUUAUUCCAUCAAAUUGUAGAACCUUAA